AUGAAGAACUCCAACUCCAUGGAUUGCGAGACCUGCUAUUAUGUGGAUAUUAACAAAUCAUGGCUCAGCCAGACCCAAGGAUAUACGGACUACAGCUAUGGCUAUGAUCAGAUGUAUAAUCAGGGAUACCAUGAAAUGGAGGCCACCUGGUCGUCGUCCAACGAUGCCCACGAGCUGGAUGCCACGCAGCAGGAACAGCAGAGAUCACCGGCAAGGCAAGACGAGCCCGUCCGAGACUCCAAUCCGAAGGCCAGGACAGAAACCACCUCGCAGCGCAAGGAGCGCACAGCAUUCACCAAGUCGCAGCUGAAGGAGCUGGAGAGCGAAUUCCUCUACUCAAACUAUCUGACGCGCCUGAGACGGUACGAAAUCGCUGUGGCGCUGGAGCUGACGGAGCGGCAGGUGAAGGUCUGGUUCCAGAAUCGCCGCAUGAAGUGCAAACGCAUCAAGCUGGAGGAAGGAGGAGCCACCAAAACGCACUGCUAG